AUGUCCAGCCGUAACUGGCGGGAUAUUGGAAAAACCCUAGGCAAUGCAAAGCAGAAAUUCAGCCCACCAGUUGAGCUAAAUAAGCACUCGAUCUUCAGCGCCGUUGAGACUUCCAUCCGAUACAAGACGGAGGAACUGGCAAUACUCGAUAAUUACGACACUGGAACAAGGAAAGUUGUCGAACGCUAUUCGCUUAAUGACGCCGACGACAUCUUUUUCUAG